GCCCCCCCGGUGUAGAAAAGCAAAAGCAAAAGAGAGGAAAGGAAGAAAGGAAAGGAAAGGGAAAAAAGACGAAGAAGAAUAGCAGAGAAGAUAAUACUACUAAGAGGAAGAAUUGAGGGAAGAAGAAGGGUUUGUUUCUUCUUUAGCGGCUGCUGUCUUGGAGGAAGAAUGACUCAAACUCAGAGGCAGGGAUCUGAGCAGCUGCAAACGCUGAUGCAGUCUGGUCAAAUUUCUGGGAGCCUAAGCUUUAAUGGGACCUUGAGCAGAGAAGAUGAGGAGAUGUCAAAGUCUGCUCUCUCUACUUUCAGGGCUAAGGAGGAGGAGAUUGAGAAGAAGAAGCUUGAGGUCAAGGAGAAGGUUCAAGCCCAGCUUGGCCGUAUUGAAGAAGAGACCAAGCGCUUGGCCACUAUCCGUGAGGAACUAGAAGCGCUAGCAGAUCCAAUGAAGAAGGAAGUUUCCGUAGUUAGGAAGAAGAUUGAUGCUGUCAACAAAGAUUUAAAACCACUGGGCCAGACUUGCCAGAAGAAGGAGAAGGAAUACAAAGAAGCUCUGGAGGCUUUCAAUGAGAAGAACAAGGAAAAAGUACAGCUGAUUAGCCGAUUGAUGGAGGUGAGCAAUCUGGUCGGCGAGAGUGAAAAGUUGAGGAUGAAGAAGUUGGAAGAAUUGAGCAAGAGCAUAGAAACAAUACGUUAAGAUAGCCCAAGGUCAAGAACUAGUUAAUAUAGGUUUGUGUGAUGUAUUCUAAGGAAGACAUUUCUGUUUAUGCACGGUUGCUUGGAGUUUGGUUGUAUUUUCUGCUUUCGUCGUCUGUAGUUCUUGAUGGACCUUUCUGAUUGUAGGACAGGGAUAUAUACCCACCCCAGUGAACAGGUUUGUGACUAAAAUUGUAAAACAGGUCUCUACUUUGCAUUCUUCUCCACUUUCGUUUCUUUUUCCUUUU